AUGGGAGAACUCUCCAAACCCGAUAUUAGUGCACAAUUUACUCAUAAAUUGUUGGAAGAAGCCACUGAUAUAAAUUUGAAGAUAAGAAGAAAAGCCCUUAAUAAAAUUCUUAAAAUUGUGGAUGAUAACAAGCAAAUUGGAUCAAACUUGGGUGAUCUUCCCCGAAUUCUCAAGUUACGUCUUUCUGAUAAUAAUGUGAAUCUACAGAUUAUAUCAUUGGACAUUUGUGGUAAAAUUGCAACUGCCAUGGGAGACCCCUUCAAAAAAUACGCAACAACGUUCAUUGAUUCAGUUAUUGAAAUUUUGAAAAAUAAAAAAAAUUCCAUUGUCCACAAACAUGCUAUUGAUUGUUUAAAUUGUUUUGCUUCUGCUAUUGGAAUUUCUUCUGUUGAGAAAAUUUUAAUUACUAGACAUGAUCUAUUGCAAAAGGAUUUACAAGUUUGGCUCUCUAAUCGACUCAAAGAUGCAGAUAAAAAAAAUAAAUUGUUCAAGUUACAAGAACAUAAGGAAGACACAAGAGUAACUGACCAUGAUUUUAAGUUAAAGGAGUACAGAGGUCGUAAAGGCACUGUAAAACAAAGAAAUGAUGCAGUUUGUUUGUCAUAUAAUACCAAGCCUCUGUCUAAAGAAAAAGAUAUCAAAGAGUUGGGUCAAAAAUCAAAUUUCAAAGAUAAAAAAAAUCGUGAACUAUCAAUAUUACCUAAACCAAUUGGAUCUCUUGCAAUGCAUCCUGACAAGAAGAAGAAAUCUAUAAAUAUAGAAUAUUCUAUUCCUAACAAUAAGAGACCAACGACGGCAAAUUCUUCUGGAAUAUCACCAACCAACCAAGGUACUUCUGGACGUGACUCAUUAUCCUUGGUGAAGAAUAAUAUAAAAUCUGGUAAACUUCGUCCCAAUAAAUUGUUGAGAGAUCUCAAUAAUUUUUUACUUACUACACCACCUUCUGAAUGGGAACAUAAAGUCAAAGAAAGAAUGCCAUUGGGCGAAGUGCCUUUUAAUAUCAUACAAAUUUUAUUAAAAAAAUUAAUUGAAGAACUUGGCGAAAAUGUAUAUGACCAUUUAGAUCUCAUUCCUGAUUCUCAAAGAAGUAAUGUAUACUUAUAUAUGAAAACGGAAGUGUGCAAAGGGAAAAAAAACAAACAACUAAUAACAAUGUAA